AUGGCCUCCAAUGCAGAGCCCAGAGACGACAGCUCUGGAGCCACAAGCCCUACGAGUCCUCCGAGUAGCAAUCCGCCUUCGCGACAAGGCCAUCGACAUACUCCCUCGCAUCCUUCGCAUCUGAGGCAAGCGCACAUGCCUCCCGAAUCGCCGGACGACUCGCGAAAGGACAAGGAUCUGGCAGCAGACGGCGUUGAGCCUCAAGACCAUGCUACAACCGACAUCGAUUCGGAUGCGACGCAGCAGCAGGGCACCACUGACGAGCCUUCUGAGGCCGUCGAUGCGCGGACGAGAUUGCUAGAGAAUUACGAUUCGUUCAAGACAAGGCCGAGAUACCAACAUGGAUAUGGAUCGUUCGCUAGUAGCCAUACGGGAACAGAGACCGGCAGCUUCGAGCAGGCCAGAGGUGCCUUUCACAGGCCGAGUCUUGGCGGCCGCCAGCCUACAGACACGCACAUGGGUAGUGCUGGGCUGGUGGAGAACUACGUGCCAGACUCCGUCACAGACGGGCUGCUGGGGAAGCCCAAGAAGACCGGCACAACACAUUGGCUGGCACAACGGGCAGGCAUAAAACAUGAGAGGUUGAUGUAUGUGGUUGAGUUGGAGUCCGAAGUUCUAUUUCACCGCUUCCAGACCACUCUCGUAUAUCACACACAAUCAUGCUGAUGUCUUACAGGUACAUCUUCUACUACUUACCCUUCACGAAUUGGAUACGGCAAUAUCGGUGGAAGUUCUUCCAAGGAGACUUCAUCGCUGCACUAACCAUGGCAAGCUUCUACAUCCCGAUGGCGCUGUCUUACGCGGCGAAUCUCAGUCAUAUGCCGCCCAUCAACGGGCUGUAUGCCUUCGUGUUCAACCCCUUCUUCUACGCCCUACUUGGCACUUGUCCUCAGAUGGUUGUAGGACCCGAGGCUGCUGGGUCCCUCCUCGUGGGAAGCGUUGUCACGGAAGCAAUCAAAGCAGGUCACUUCAAGGACGACGAUGGCAUGAAGGCGGGACAAGUUGGAGGAAUGGUAACGGGUCUCGCGGGUGCUAUUAUCUUGAUCGCUGGCAUUCUCCGUUUAGGCUUCCUGGACAGUGUCCUAUCACGGCCCUUCCUCCGAGGUUUCAUCAGUUCGAUCGGUCUGGUGAUCUUCGUCAAUCAGCUUGUGCCAGAAAUGGGUCUCGAUAAGUGGGCCGCGAAGUCGGAAAAAGCCCAUGGAUCGCCUCUGGAGUCACUCAUAUUCAUAUUUGAAGAUAUCGACAAGGCGCACAAGCUCACGUGUGCUGUCAGCUUCGGUUCUGUUGCCAUCAUUCUGGUCCUGAGAGAACUCAAGCGGCGACUACAACCAGUCCAGAAACUAGGCUGGGUGGUAUACAUUCCUGAUCGCUUCAUCAUUGUCGUGCUUUCUGCAGUGUUUGCGUGGCGGUUCAAGUGGGAGGAGAAGGGUGUUGAUCUUAUUGGAGACAUUCGGCCACCAGAGGGGGUUCGACUCUUCGAGCCACACUUCCCAUUCGACCAGCACAACUUUAAGCAUGUCAGCGAUGCAUUCGAAACAGCUUUUAUCGUGGCUCUCCUAGGCUUCUUCGAGAGCUGUGUUGCUGCGAAGAGCUUGGGCUCGGGCAAAGUCAAGGUAAAUACGGUCGAGAAGAAACACAAAGACGGCACCGUCGAAGAAGUUGAAGAGGCAGACGGCAUUCGUGGGAUGGUAGUCUCGUCAAACAGAGAGCUGGUUGCACUGGGUGUGGCCAACGUCAUUGGCGGAUUCUUCAUGGCCAUCCCGGCUUUUGGAGGUUAUGGCAGAAGCAAGGUCAACUCGAGCACAGGUGGCAAGACACCGAUGAGCAGUAUUCUGCUCUCUGCCUUCACACUCUUGUGUGUCUUCUUCCUGCUGCCAUACUUCUACUUCAUUCCGGUAAGAGAAUAGCCUCCCUCACUUACAAAUCAUCCCACUAACCCAUCCCAACAGAAGGGCGUCCUCUCCGCCAUGAUAACCGUGGUUUCCAUCUCCCUCCUCGAAGAAGCACCCCACGACAUCUACUUCUUCUGGAAAAUCGGCGGCUACAUCGAACUCUUCCUCAUGCUUCUCGUCUUCCUCACCACCUUCUUCUGGUCCCUCCGAGGCGGCAUCAUCGUCGGCAUCAUCUUCUCCCUCAUCCGUCUCCUCAAACACAGCACGCGCCCGCGGAUCCAAAUUCUCGGCCGCAUUCCGGGCACCAACGAAUUCGAAAACGCGGAGAUGCUGUCGCAGGACGGCAACGUGGAAUUGAUCCCGCACUGUCUCAUCGUCAAGAUCCCCGAACCGCUGACGUUUGCCAACACGGGGAGUCUGAAACAUCGGCUCAAGAGGCUGGAAGACCACGGCACGAACUACGCGCACCCCGCCCUGCCCAGCGUGCGGAGCAAAGAGCACAACCAGAACGUCAUCUUCGACAUCCACGGCGUGACGGACCUGGACUACGCGGCCGCGCAGGUCCUCAGCGAGAUCGUCUCCGACUACAUCGAAAACGGGACCGUCGUCUUCUUCUGCCGCAUCCCGAGCAAGAAGUCGAAAGUGUGGCUGCUGAUGGAACGCAGCGGGAUCGUGGAGACGUGUGGCGGGGAGGGGAAGUUUUUUAAGAAUGUCGAGCAGGCGUUGCGGGCUACGGAGAAGAACGGCACGUUUUUUGAAUUCUCUCAGGGCUUCGCAGGCGAUGGGGAUGGGGAUGGGGAUGGGGAUGGGGAUGGGGAUGGGGAUGGGGAUGGGGAUGAUGGGGAGAUGGCUGGCGGGGAGGAGAGUGGGAGUAGUUCGCAGACUACGGAUGUGGAGUCGGGGUCUGGGUUUGGGAGGAGGAGGAGGAGGCUAUCUCGACGGGAAGUGGAAACCUGA